AUGCCUGUAGUACCUGUGUUACCAUCCAUUCAUAGGCAGGUCUUUAACGGCAUCCUUUGCGUGGUCACUUUCUUUAUUAUCUUCCGCUAUUUCAGAAGAUUGGUUACAUUUGCCCCAAUUACUAUUGAAAGUCUAUGGCAAAUGUCUCUAGCGGAGAUAAACCGCAGGAAGAAUAUAGCAAGAGUCAAACAGUUAGAACAAAAACUCUCGUUAGAGGAUGCUGAGAAGGGAGUUCAGACCAAAGACGAUGUGGCUGCAAAAUGUAUUGCCUCUGUAGUAGGAUAUCGUGAGGAGGCAAAUAUGUGGAGGAGAUGUUUGCAAAGUUAUCAUAAAUCUCCUGGCUUGGCAAUCAUGCUGAUUGGCAUUGAUGGUGAUCAAGAUGGGGACAUGGAGAUGGUUUCUGUGGCUCAACAAGUAUUUCCAGAUCUCACAAAAAUACAUGUCGAAGAACCAUAUGGUCCUCUCGCUGUCCGCAUUGCACAAAACUAUAUCACUCGCGAACUUUACGAUGAAAAGGCCUCAUCCUCAAAAUGGACAUCAGCAUCAGCAUCCGCAUCUUUCGAUUCCGCAGAUGUCCCCCCGGCUCUCUUAUCCGAAGCAUACGCAUAUGCUUUCCGCAUCGUACUUGAAAAAGCGGCCACGACUCUUCGCGAACACAAUGCUCUGUUUCCCUCUCCUGAUUUCAAAUCUAAAGCUCUCCAUGCAAUAUGUCUCUACCAACCUCACAAGUGCAAAAAGGAUAUCAUGUUCACCAAUAUGGUUUUUUCGUUGGCGUUGGGACAGGCGAAUAAGAUUGAAUAUCUUUGGACUAGUGAUUCAGAUACCAUUGUUUAUCCAGAUACUUUGUAUCAAACGGUGGGAUGUAUGUCUGCGGAUCCGUUGAUCGGAGGGAGUUGUUCGGCUUUGAGUAUUCAUAAUGAUAAUGAAAGUGCGAUCGCUGCUUUGGGGAGUGCGGCUUAUUGGUCUGAACUGGCUAUUACACGUGGACAAACUGGCGCCGUGGAUGCCGUAGACUGUCAACCCGGGCCUUGCGCCGCAUUCCGUUUCAUAGCACUUGAGUCUAUUCUCCUACCAUGGUACACACAAACCUCCAUCGGCGUCAAAACCGUUGUCAACGAAGAUCGUCAUCUCACCACCAACCUCCUCCUCAAAAACUGGAAAGUAACCUUCAACACCUCUGCGCUCGCCUCCACCGAUACUCCUACUACUCUCCUGCGCUGGCUCCUUCAACAAAUGCGCUGGGCCCGCGCUACCCAUAUUGAAUGUUUCCAGUAUCCACAAAUCUACACUAUUCAUGGUGUUAUUCUAUUUGUAACUGCCAUGCGUCGUUUUUAUGGACCGUUAAUUAUCGGUGUCUUCACUAUUCGUUACGUAUUCACAGGCUUUACAGUCCAUGCACUUCAAUCCUGGGAUUUCCUCCUCCGUGUGGUAUUAUGCACAAGUUACAAUUUCUGGCGCAACAAAUCGCACGUGGGUAGUAUUAAGUAUCUCGUCUUAUCCCAACUCUUCUAUCAAUUGCCCCUACCAGGUAUCAUGUUCUGGUCUGUCCUCACUGUUCUUGAAGGCGGCUGGGGGACUAGCAUGAGAAAUGCGGACGAGCAGAAGAAAUCAAGAUUUGCAAGGUGGGAUAAUCUAUGGAGCACGACGGCAGUGGUGAUUUGGAUGGGGUUUGUAGGAGCGGCGGUUGCUAGAAUUAGGAGUAGAGCUUCCAGGAGUGUCGAAGAGGACCUAGCCGAGUAG